ACAUCCGGGAAACCUGCAGCGGAGUGCGGCGGCGGCGACACUGAGUGGAAGGCAAAAUGGCGGCGGCGGCAGUGUCCUGGUGUUAAGGGGAGAGCCAGGUCCUCGCGACCCCCGCGACGGGUCGCGCUGGCCCGCGGCAGCCGGCCCGCUCCUCUCCCCGCUCUGCCCCACCAGGGAUACUUGGGGUUGCUGGGACGGGCUCCGGCCGCCUCGGCGUCCGCCCUCAGGCCCGUGGCUGCUGUCCAGGAGCUCUGCUCUCCCCUCCAGAGUUAAUUAUUUAUAUUGUAAAGAAUUUUAACAGUUCUGGAGACUUCCUUGAAGGAUCAUUUUCACUUUUGCUCAGAAGAAAGCUCUGGAUCUAUCAAAUAAAGAAGUCCUUCGUGUGGGCUACAUAUAUAGAUGUUUUCAUGAAGAGGAGUGAAAAGCCAGAAGGAUAUAGACAAAUGAGGCCUAAGACCUUUCCUGCCAGUAACUAUACUGGCAGUAGCCGGCAAAUGUUGCAAGAAAUUCGGGAAUCCCUUAGGAAUUUAUCUAAACCAUCUGAUGCUGCUAAGGCUGAACAUAACAUGAAUAAAAUGUCAACUGAAGAUCCUCGACAAGUCAGAAAUCCACCCAAAUUUGGGACACAUCAUAAAGCUUUGCAGGAAAUUCGAAACUCUCUGCUUCCAUUUGCAAAUGAAACAAAUUCUUCUCGUAGUACUUCAGAAGUUAAUCCACAGAUGCUUCAAGACUUGCAAGCUGCUGGAUUUGAUGAGGAUAUGGUUAUACAAGCUCUUCAGAAAACUAACAACAGAAGUAUAGAAGCAGCAAUUGAAUUCAUUAGUAAAAUGAGUUACCAAGAUGCUCGACGAGAGCAGAUGGCUGCAGCAGCUGCCAGACCUAUUAAUGCCAGCAUGAAACCAGGGAAUGUGCAACAAUCAGUUAACCGCAAACAGAGCUGGAAAGGUUCUAAAGAAUCCUUAGUUCCUCAGAGGCAUGGCCCACCACUAGGAGAAAGUGUGGCCUAUCAUUCUGAGAGUCCCAACUCACAGACAGAUGUAGGAAGACCUUUGUCUGGAUCUGGUAUAACAGCAUUUGCUCAAGCUCACCCCAGCAAUGGACAGAGAGUGAACCCCCCACCUCCACCUCAAGUAAGGAGUGUUACUCCUCCACCACCUCCAAGAGGCCAGACUCCCCCUCCAAGAGGUACAACUCCACCUCCCCCUUCAUGGGAACCAAACUCUCAAACAAAACGCUAUUCUGGAAACAUGGAAUACGUAAUCUCCCGAAUCUCUCCUGUCCCACCUGGGGCAUGGCAAGAGGGCUAUCCUCCACCACCUCUCAAUACUUCCCCCAUGAAUCCUUCUAAUCAGGGACAGAGAGGCAUUAGUUCUGUUCCUGUUGGCAGACAACCAAUCAUCAUGCAGAGUUCUAGCAAAUUUAACUUUCCAUCAGGGAGACCUGGAAUGCAGAAUGGUACUGGACAAACUGAUUUCAUGAUACACCAAAAUGUUGUCCCUGCUGGCACUGUGAAUCGGCAGCCACCACCACCAUAUCCUCUGACCGCAACUAAUGGACAAAGCCCUUCUGCUUUACAAACAGGGGGAUCUGCUGCUCCUUCGUCAUAUACAAAUGGAAAUAUUCCUCAGUCUAUGAUGGUGCCAAACAGAAAUAGUCAUAACAUGGAACUGUAUAACAUUAAUGUACCUGGACUGCAAACAAAUUGGCCUCAGUCAUCUUCUGCUCCAGCCCAGUCAUCCCCGAGCAGUGGGCAUGAAAUCCCUACAUGGCAACCUAACAUACCAGUGAGGUCAAAUUCUUUUAAUAACCCAUUAGGAAAUAGAGCAAGUCACUCUGCUAAUUCUCAGCCUUCCGCUACAACAGUCACUGCAAUUACACCAGCUCCUAUUCAACAGCCUGUGAAAAGCAUGCGUGUAUUAAAACCAGAGCUACAGACUGCUUUAGCACCUACACACCCUUCUUGGAUACCACAGCCAAUUCAAACUGUUCAACCCAGUCCUUUUCCUGAGGGAACCGCUUCAAAUGUGACUGUGAUGCCACCUGUUGCUGAAGCUCCAAACUAUCAAGGACCACCACCACCCUACCCAAAACAUCUGCUGCACCAAAACCCAUCUGUUCCUCCAUAUGAAUCAAUCAGUAAGCCUAGCAAAGAGGAUCAGCCAAGCUUGCCCAAGGAAGAUGAGAGUGAAAAGAGUUAUGAAAAUGUUGAUAGUGGGGAUAAAGAAAAGAAACAGAUUACAACUUCACCCAUUACUGUUAGGAAAAACAAGAAAGAUGAAGAGCGAAGGGAAUCUCGUAUUCAAAGUUAUUCUCCUCAAGCAUUUAAAUUCUUUAUGGAGCAACAUGUAGAAAAUGUACUCAAAUCUCAUCAGCAGCGUCUACAUCGUAAAAAACAAUUAGAGAAUGAAAUGAUGCGGGUUGGAUUAUCUCAAGAUGCCCAGGAUCAAAUGAGAAAGAUGCUUUGCCAAAAAGAAUCUAAUUACAUCCGUCUUAAAAGGGCUAAAAUGGACAAGUCUAUGUUUGUGAAGAUAAAGACACUAGGAAUAGGAGCAUUUGGUGAAGUCUGCCUAGCAAGAAAAGUAGAUACUAAGGCUUUGUAUGCAACAAAAACUCUCCGAAAGAAAGAUGUUCUUCUUCGAAAUCAAGUUGCUCAUGUUAAAGCUGAGAGUGACCAUCCACGGCAAGAUAGCAUGGAUUUCAGUAAUGAAUGGGGGGAUCCCUCAAGCUGUCGAUGUGGAGACAGAUUGAAGCCAUUAGAGCGGAGAGCUGCACGCCAGCACCAGCGAUGUUUAGCACAUUCUUUGGUUGGGACUCCCAAUUAUAUUGCACCUGAAGUAUUGCUACGAACAGGAUACACACAGUUGUGUGAUUGGUGGAGUGUUGGUGUUAUUCUUUUUGAAAUGUUGGUGGGACAACCUCCUUUCUUGGCACAAACACCAUUAGAAACACAAAUGAAGGUUAUCAACUGGCAAACAUCUCUUCACAUUCCACCACAAGCUAAACUCAGUCCUGAAGCUUCUGAUCUUAUUAUUAAACUUUGCCGAGGACCCGAAGAUCGCUUAGGCAAGAAUGGUGCUGAUGAAAUAAAAGCUCAUCCAUUUUUUAAAACAAUUGAUUUCUCCAGUGACCUGAGACAGCAAUCUGCUUCAUACAUUCCUAAAAUCACACACCCAACAGAUACAUCAAAUUUUGAUCCUGUUGAUCCUGAUAAGUUAUGGAGUGACGAUAACGAGGAAGAAAAUGUAAAUGACACUCUCAAUGGAUGGUAUAAAAAUGGGAAGCAUCCUGAACAUGCAUUCUAUGAAUUUACCUUCCGAAGGUUUUUUGAUGACAAUGGCUACCCAUAUAAUUAUCCGAAGCCUAUUGAAUAUGAAUACAUUAAUUCACAAGGCUCAGAGCAGCAGUCGGAUGAAGAUGAUCAAAACACAGGCUCAGAGAUUAAAAAUCGCGAUCUAGUAUAUGUUUAACACACUAGUAAAUAAAUGUAAUGAAAAUUUGCAAAAGGGCCUGAAAUGCGAGGUGUUUUGAGGUUCUGAGAGUAAAAUUAUGCAAAUAUGACAGAGCUAUAUAUGUGUGCUCUGUGUACAAUAUUGUAUUUUCCUAAAUUAUGGGAAAUCCUUUUAAAAUGUUAAUUUAUUCCAGCCGUUUAAAUCAGUAUUUAGAAAAAAAUUGUUAUAAGAAAAGUAAAUUAUGAACUGAAUAUUACAGUCAGUUCUUGGUACUUAAAGUACUUAAAAUAAGUAGUGCUUUGUUUAAAAGGAGAAAUCUGGUAUCUAUUUGUAUAUAUGCUAAAUAAUUUUAAAAGACAAGAGUUUUUGAAAUUUUUUUGAAAGACAGUUUUAGUUUUAUCUUGCUUUAACCAAAUAUGAAACAUACCCCGUAUUUACAGAGCUCUUUUUUCCCCUCAUAACCUUGUUUUUGGUACAAAAUAAGCUAGAGAAAUUAAGCCAUUGUGUUGGUGAGUGUUCCUAGGCUAAUCUUAAUCUGUAUAAUUCACAUCCUGAAACUAAGGAAUACAGGGUUAAAAAAUAUUAAUAUGUUUGUCAGGAGGAAAGAUAAUGCAUUUAUCUCCCCGCCCCCAUGGAAUAUUUAAUCUUCUUGCGUUUAUUUCUCAAGAAUUACUGGCUUUAAAAGAAGCCAAAGCACUACUAGCUUUUUUUCCAUAUUGUUAUUUUUGAUGCUGCUUCCAAUUUUAAAAGGGAACAAAGCUGCCAUAAAUAAAAAUUUUCAGUACUGAAAGCUAAAAUUUUUUUCACCAUCCUAAGCAAAGAAUUAUUUUCAUGUUCAUAUACUUUUCCUGUAUAGUAACUAUUUUGAUUAUGUUAUCAAUGUUACCUGUUUCCUCUUUCAGAACAGUGCUGCAUAUACAGAUUGUUAUUGGCAAAGGAAAAUCUGGCUAUCUGGCAAUAUUUUACCUAAGGGCAGAUUAAUUGGUGAAAAAAUUAACUCUUAAGAUGGCCAUUAAUAAUUAGAAAAAUUUACAGAGUGGUCUUAGUAGAAAAUUCAAGUCCUCCUAAUUUAUUUAAGGUUAAACAAUGUGUUCAACAUGCCUAUUAUGUAUAAUGCUUAGGUUCUAAGGAAGAUUAAGGUUUCAUACCAAAAUACAUGAGCUUAUCUUUUAGGAAGGGGAAAAAGGCUCUAUUUUGACCAUAGUAAAAUUUGUAUUUUAUUUCCUUUUCUUAAGCUCCAUUGAUAAGGGAUUGUUUUUAUCAAAAGUUACUAUUUGGGGAUUGGAGGCAUAAUUUUAAUGAUUUUCAUACUUUUAGCUUUCUUCACGUAAAAGCUAAUUGAAACCAUAUAUGUAGUAAAAUUAAAGGCAGAGCUGUUGCAGUUGAAUUGGAGAGUCAGGGCAAAGAACACUUACUAGCCCACACUUUCCACCUUUCUACAGGUGGUCCUUUCAGAACUCAGCUUGGAAACCUACUACUAUGUUAUCAUGGGUCUUUCGGGGUUAGUGGUUCUUUUGAGAAUCUGAAGGAAGCUGUGGACUCUUCCCAGGAAAAAAAAAAAAUCAACACAUACAAUGUUGCAUGCAAUUUCAAGGGAUUUUGGACAUAUUGAAACCUAUCACAGGCUCUAGGUUAUGGACCUCUGUCCCAUGAGAAAAUUGAUAUAUUAAACUAAGAACUUUGUUUUUAACUUACCAAUCACUACUCAGCACAUCUUAUAUAAACUGAUAAUUUGUGAUGGAAAAGGUCUGUAACAUGUGAUGUAAGGUGACCUUAUGAAUGCCUCUCUUGCUGGUACAUUAAUUUGUUUUAAAUGCAUCAUUUGGAGGGGACUGAAAUGUUGGACUCAUUACAAGCUUGAUACAGAAAUAUUUCUGAAGGAUUUCUAAUUGGAAUUAUAAGAAAAUGUGCUCUCAUGAAAUGGCAGUCUUCACCUCAUGGUUCAUGGAACAUUUGGUUAGUCCCAUAAAAUCCUAUGCAAAACAAAGUAGUUCAAGAAUUUUUAGGUGGGUACUCACAUUUAUAAGGUAUUCCUCUUGCUCUUUGGGCUUUUUCAAUCUGAUUUAUUUAAAUUUUCAUUUAGUUGUUUUACUUUUGGACUAAGGUGCAAUACAGUAGAAAAUAACUUUGUUACAUUUAUGUUGUAGGAAAUCUAAGGUGCUGUCUCCUCCCCCUUCCCUUCCCACAAAAUCUGUAUUCCCCCUAUUGCUGAAAUGUAACAGACACUACAAAUUUUGUAUUCUUUUUUUGUUUUUUGUUUUGAGACAGGGUCUCACUCUGUCACCCAGGCUGGAGUGCAGUGGCGCUUCACAGCUCACUGCAUCCUCGACAUUUGAGGCUCACGCAGUCCUCACACCUCAGCCUCCCAAGUAGCUGAGCAUGCGCCACCAAGCCCAGCUAAUUUUUGUAUCUUUAGUAGAGAUGGGGUUUUGCCAUGUUGCCCAGGUUGGUCUGGAACUCCUGGGCUCCAGUUAUAUGCCCACCUCAGCCUCCCAGAGUGCUGGGAUUACAGACGUGAGCCACCGCGCCUGGCGCAAAUAUGUAUUCUUUUAAAAUUUCCUCUGAUACUAUAAGCCUUUUGCAUUUAUCUGAAGCAGUAUACAUGCCUUUGGUAUCAGCAAUUUUAACAGUUUGGAUAUACUUAUCAGCUGUCUUAUUCCAAAACUACAUCUACUUCUUCCAGUAUAGAAUCUGGUGCUUCCUGACCAAAAAGAUGAGAAAAACAAUGUUAAAAAUAUAGAUACUUUCCAUUGAAAUGGAGUGAAAACGUUGGUUCUGUAUGUUUUCUUUUAAAAUAAUUUUCUCAUAAAAACUUGCUGUCUUUAUUGUACUUACCCUUUUUAUGCAUAUCAAUAGUAUUUAUAAGAUGUGUUCUAUAAUUAUGUAAUUGUAGAUACUGUUAUGUAUUGUCCAGUGACAUCAUAAGGCAGGCCCUACUGCUGUAUCUUUUCUACCUUCUUAUUUGUAAUAGAAACUAUAGAAUGUAUGACUAAAAAGUCACUUUGAGAUUGACUUUUUAAAAAAGUUAUUACCUUCUGCUGUUGCAAAGUGCAAAACUGUGAGUGGAAUUGUUUUAUUCUGACUUAAUAUGUUAGAAAUUAGAGAAUACAGUGGGAGGAUUUGUAGACAUUGCUGCUGCUGUUACCCAAGGUAUUUUAGAUCAAAAAAUUUAAUAAACAGAAAUCCCUUUGGUAUUUAAAGUGGAACAUUUAGCCUGUUCAUUUUAAUCUAAAGCAAAAAGUAAUUUGGGUCAAAAUAUUGGUAUAUUUGUAAAGCGCCUUAAUAUAUCCUUUUGUGGAAGGCACUACACAGUUUACUUUUAUAUUGUAUUGUGUAUAUAAGUAUUUUGUAUUAAAAUUGAAUCAGUGGCAACACUAAAGUUUUAUAAAAUCAUGCUUUGUUAGAAAAGGAAUUACAGCUUUGCAAUAUAACUAAUUGUUUUGCAUAAUUCUGAAUGUAAUAGAUACGAAUAAUCAGCCUGUGUUUUUAAUGAACUUAUUUGUAUUUUCCCAAUCAUUUUCUCUAGUGUAAUGUUUGCUGGGAUAAUAAAAAAAAUUCAAAUCUUUCAA